UCUCUCGCACGUACACAAGACACCUUCACAAGCAUCCAAAAAAAAGGCAGGCUCAAAGUAGCAGACUAAAAGCAAGGGGCUGCCCAUUUUUAUUAAAGCAAGGCAAACACAUCCUCUAAGACAGAGCGAGAGAGGGGCGAUAAUGGCGGUCUCGGUCUCUCUUAUGGCCAUCAUCAUUUCUCUACACCUCAUCGCCUUCGUCCUCGCCGUUGGCUCUGAACGACGUCGUAGCACUGCCAAGGUGGUGCCUGAUAAGUACGACGAGCGUACAUACUGCGUAUACAGUACAGAUGCGUCGACCGUGUACGGAUUGACGGCGUUUGGGCUUCUGCUGAUCAGUCAAACGGUUCUCAACGGCGUCACCAAGUGCCUCUGCUUCGGACGAGGUCUUAUUGGAGGCGGCUCCACCACCUGUGCCGUCUUCUUCUUCAUCUUUUCCUGGGUGAGCUUUUUGGGAGCAGAGGCGUGCCUGUUGGCGGGGUCGGCCAAAAACGCAUACCACACCAAAUAUCGAGGAGUGUUCGGCGGGCAGGACUUAUCUUGUGCCACUCUCCGCAAAGGGGUCUUCGCCGCUGGGGCCGCUCUCUCGCUUUUAUCAUUGCUGGGCUCCAUACUUUACUACUGGGCCCACUCCAGGGCUGAUACUGGAGGCUGGGAAAAGCAUAGGAGCGAAGGCCUUGGCAUGACGCAGCAGCAACAAAACAACGAAUUUGGGAAGCUGUAAUUUUGUUUUAAGAUUAGGAUAACACCACAGUUUUGGUGACAUCAAAUACCAUAUGGGCCUUGUUAAGCUAUGCUGCUGGAUGGAUACCUUUAUGUUGAGAAGCUGUAAUUUUGUUUUAUGAUAAAGGGGAAUCCCGCAGUUUCAGUGACAUCAAAUAUUAUAUGGGUCUUGUUAAGCUAUGCAGCUAGAUGGAUACCUUUAUAUCACAUUAUAUGUUGAAAUAUAUGGAAAAUACUAUAUAGUAGUAUUGUGUGA